CGCCAUUGACCGUGGUCGUGACGGUGGCUGUAACGCCGGCGGAGGGGGUGUGAAUAUUUUGGGAGAUAAACGCCCCGGUGAGAACGCUGCCUCUUCAGCGGCGGCGGCGACAAUAAUAAAACGCUUGUGCGGCGGAGCGGCCGGCCCGACGCCCGAGCGGCGAGUAAUGAGCAUUGUUGGAAUACUACUGCGCGUCGCGCCGACGCCGCCACUCGGUCGUCGUCGCCGUGUUGAUGUCAUUGUUGUCGCCCGGCCCGCCGCUUUGUGCGUGCGUGUGACACGGCGAGUGUUUUUUUCGACGCAACCUUGGGAAGCGGCGGCGGCGGCGACGACGACGACGACGACCGGGUUUUUGUUUUUCCCGAUGUACAAACGGAAAACAUUAUUUUGUUGAUCGAAAUCCGGUGCGCAUGCGCCGCGGCAACAACGCGCCGCGGCCGGCAGUUGUUCACUAAACAUUGUUUUAUAACGUGAACUAAACCCAAGGCCGGUGCAGUUUGCCAUCAACCAUCGAAACGCGCGCCCGUUUCCGCCGUCGUUUGUUCUCCUACUGUGCUCCUCUUGCGUCUUCUUCGUUGUCGGCCGGCCGGCACAAUAAUAUUAUACUAUUUUUACAAUAAUAAUUGUUAUUAUUAUUUAAAAAAUCCCCCGCCGCCGACGGUAUUAUUAUUGUCAUUUGUUUAUCUGGCGUUUGUUAUUUGUUGGUUUAACACCGUCGACCGACCCCGCAUGCGCGUCACUACCACUCGAACCGUCCGAAAUUCGAAACGAAAACCCAACGGUUUUCCACUCUCGUCCGUCGCACUUCGAGCGAGGUCGAGGGGCUGCGGCGGCGGUGGUGGUGGUCCGCGAACCCUGUGCUGAGGCGGCUAUGGAGUGGUACCGGGAGCAGACCAUCCAGCUGAUCGACUUGUUCCGGAACCGUCCGGCUCUGUGGGACACUAGUUCGGUGCACUACCGUAACAAACGUAUGAAGAAUGAGUCCCUGGAGCAAAUCAGCGUCAAGCUCAAGUGUCCCAAGGAGGAGAUCGCCAAGAAGAUAUGCACGUUGCGCGUGCAGUUCAGCCGGGAGAACGUCAAAGUGAAACGGGCCCGGGAAUCCGGUGGCACCGUUUACAACCCCAAGUGGUUCGGCUACCAGCUGCUCUGUUUCCUGAACGAUCAGUCCCGGUACACGUCGCAGCCGAUCAACAACUGUUCGCCGGGCGUCGCCACUGCUCCGGGGGCGUCCGGAGCCAUGUUGAGUGGCAUGGUCGCGCAAAACUUUUCCCGACUACCGCAGUACCGCGCGGUUACAGCUGAUCACUGCUGCAUGCAAGCGGACGCAGAAAAUCAACAUUUUAAUUGGAGUCAAACCUCUGAGGACAGUUAUGCAGAAGCAAAUGACACAAAUGCAAGUGGCUAUGAGGCGGACAGUGUGCUGGCUUCAAUGAUGCAUGAGUCCAUGGACGAUUACCACAACCAGGAACCAAUUGUGGACGUCCAGGAGCCACAAACAUGGUCAUCGUGUAGAAAAUACCGCGGUAUGCAGCCAGUAACUGGCGGAGAUUAUUCAGACGAUGAUGGUGGAGGCUACAGUAGCAGGAAGAUGAUGCGAAUGUCUAGGCCUGAUGCACCAUCUGAUGAGUUUAAUACAUUCUCAGACUAUGUGGCUGAACGGAUGCGUAACCUUAAAGCCGACAAAGCUCUACAACUAAUGGCUCGACGAGACAUUGAACAAGUAUUGUUCAAGUAUGAAAUGAAGUUGUUGGAGCAGAAGAGAGAUUCACAACAACACCAACAACCCGACACUGAGGCGGCAACUACGUCAAAGUCCAUUUCACCAUCACCUGUCAGUGACUUAGAACAACAGUAGACCUUAAUUAUAUUUAUAUAUAUGACAGUGUUUACUAGGUGAUUACAACUAGUCUUUCAGGACCAGCAUCCAUUUCUGUACAUUGUUUAAAAUAAUAAUAUUAAUAUUGAAUAAUGCUACAGGGAGAACUAUUAAUGCUCACGUUAACCCUGAAGUUAUACAUAUUAUAUUUUAAACAUUUGUAUACAGCCAACAGUUUUGUUUAUGUUACUAUGUAAACUUAAAGACAAUUUAUAUACAUAAUAUUGAUUCCUAUAUAUUUCUAUUAUUAUUAAAUGUAUGUAUUUCUAAUAAAACAUUUUACACUUUAA